AGCGCCGACUUCCCAUUCAAAAUCGCACACCUCAACGCGCCGCGUGUCGCACUUGGUCCCCCCGGAAUCAAAAAAUAACCAACCCCAAAAAUUAACCCAACCCCAGACCAAAAUCAAAGCCAAGCAACCCAACAACCCAACCCGAAAACGCGGUGUAAAAAAGUAAUCCCCCAAAAUAAAAUAAAGCGCAAAGUUAACCACGCAAAUCAAGUAACCCCAAAAAAAUAAAUUCAUCCAAAUUUUUUUGCUGUGCGAAGCGAGACAAAGAAGAGUGCCAAAAAAAAAAAACAGAGGAAAAAAAUCAAAUCAAGAAGGUUUCCAUUUCACAAAAGGCAGCUAAAGAAACCAAUGCAAAGAUGUGCCACAAUUCAGGGAUCGUGGAGAAAAACAACGAGCAGCAGAUCGAACGCUAUAUGGCCUGUGGAAUGCCAUCGAAGGCGGUGAGGAGUGUCAAGAACACCCUGAAAAAGCGCGAGAGAAAGGAGCAGCAGAGGCAGAAGAAUCUCCAGGAACACCGCGAGCAGCAAUUCCUGGAGGACCUCGAGCUAAGCAGCAGCAGUUGCGAUUACUCAACCUCAACUGGGAGCGAAAGCGAGGAUAGCGGUGUUACCGAGACCAUUAAGUCCCCGCCAACUGUGGAGACUCCUACUCCAAGGGGCAGCAGCAGCAGCAGCAGCACCGCCACCACAAUAUCCACCACAUCCAGGAGUAGUCUCCUCCAGUUCUGCCCACGCUUUCGCAAACUGCAGCAGGAGCAGCAGCAGCAAAUGCUCAAAGAGAUGGAACUUCAGGAGGAGGAGCCUCUGGCCGCCGCUGCCGCCUUGAAGGCCCAACAGCAGCGAAAACUUAGCUCCAUGGAGCCAUCGAUGGAUGACGCCCUGGCCAUUGGCACCCAGAUGACGCGGCAGGUGUCUGAGCGAAUCACCUGCCUGGUUGCCCAGCUGCAGGCCAGCCAGCUUUACACAAUUCUGACGCGUACAACACAACCAGCACACUUGAUAGCCGUUUGCAUAUUGGCCUUUGUGCUGAUGACUGUGGGACGCGACCUCAUCGACCCAACGACAACAACAGUAACAGCAGCAACAGAAGACGCAGCAACAACUGCAACAUCGACGAGAACAACGGGUGGCGUUCUGGCGGCCUUGGUCUUUCUGGGCGCCUUUGCCACCCACUUUGGGUCGCAGAUAUGGAUGACGUUUGUCUCGGGUCUCUCGCUGUAUUUCUCCCUGCCCCGCCACGUUUUCGGGCAGUGCCAGCAGAUCCUGUUCCCACGAUACUUCGCCCUGAACGCCAUGCUCAGUCUGACGAUGCUGGUGGUGUAUGCCAAGUACUUUCUGAGUGGAUGGACGACAUCGGCGGGCAUUCAGAUGGGAUCGCUGGCCCUGGCGGCGGCCAUUGAGGUGGUGGUGCGUCUGUAUCUGGUUCCGCCGAUGCUGCAAUUGAUGCACGAGAAGUACAGAAUCGAGGAUGCGAUCGGCAGCGGUCAGGAGGUGGGCAGCCUCGUCCAAGGCGACCUCGUCGACUGCCCGCACUAUCAGCGCAUCCACAAGGGAUUCCGGCGCAUCCACAUGACCAUCGCCAUUGGCAAUAUGACGGUCAUGCUGACCACCUGCCUGCAGUUGUAUUUUCUGGCAUCGAAAAUACGCCUUAGCUAAGGCAAGCCCGGAGUGAAGAAUUUAUAGUUUAAGGGAUUCCACCACAUGCACCACAUCAUCUCCAUCGCCACAUUCGCAACGUAUUUCAAUGUUCGAUAAUUGUCUCAAAUCUUGUAUUGUUUAUUGAACCAUUGAUUUGUUUUUUUGGGCUGGCUCAAACCCAGCUUUAAAUUUCUCCCUCCGCCCCCUCCUCACACACACAAACACAUACAGAAACAAAAACAACAAAUAUUUAAUUUCUCCCGAGGACGCCACGUUUUCUGCGACCUUUUAAUCUGAUUUCCUGUGAUAAACUCAGCCCGCCUCCCAGAAUAACUGAACACCACCCCCUCACACACACACACACACACGCAAACCACAGCACACAUUUAGCCCAUAGUCUAUAGCCAAUAAUUUACACAGAGUUAUUAAUUAAUAGCCUAUUGAUAAUUAAUUAUACUGUUUUUUUUCGAGCGGAAGCACGCAAAUUUCAUUAUAUUCUGUUAUUUAUUAAUCCAUCGAAAACUAUGUUUUUCUCUGUUUUAAGUGCAGAUUUUUUUAAGUGAAUAUGAUUUAUAUUAAAACAAAAAGAAAAACAACAACAAAAGAAAGCAAAACAAAAAACCAAAAA